ACAAAUAAAGAUAGAAAGCAAAAGAGAGAAUCAUAUCAUGGAAUACAAUAAUAAGCAGGGAAGUAUGCUAUUAAUGGUGGUGUUGAUGAUGAUGACAAUGUGGAGCUGUGGUUACAGCGAGGCCAAGCUGAGCAGAGACUUCUACUCGGAAAGCUGUCCCUCACUGUUCCCAGCGGUGAGACGGGUCGUGCAGCAUGCGGUUGCCAAAGAGCGUCGCAUGGCUGCUUCUCUCCUCCGUUUGUUUUUCCACGACUGUUUCGUAAACGGGUGUGACGGAUCCAUAUUGCUGGACGACACUUCCUCAUUUGUGGGAGAGAAAACCGCAGGACCAAACAAUAACUCUGUGAGGGGAUUCGAAGUGAUCGACAGAAUCAAGUCCAAGGUUGAGAGACUCUGUCCUGGCGUCGUCUCAUGCGCAGACAUUCUCGCCAUCACUGCUCGUGACUCUGUCCUCCUCCUGGGUGGGCCCAAGUGGGGCGUGAAACUUGGGAGACGAGACUCCACGAAGGCCAGCUUUUCGGACGCCAACUCAGGCGUCAUCCCACCUCCGACCUCUACUCUCAACAAUCUCAUCAACCGUUUUAAAGCAAAAGGCUUGUCCACACGCGACAUGGUCGCUCUCUCUGGUGCGCACACCAUUGGACAAGCCAGGUGUGUCACCUUCAGGAACCGUAUCCACAACGCAAGUAACAUAGACCUUUCUUUCGCCUUGUCCAGACAGAUGAGCUGUCCCGCUGCCUCUGGCUCGGGAGACAACAACGAAGCUGCUCUUGACCCUCGUUCACCUGGAAGGUUCGACCUCAGCUACUACAAGCAGCUUCUCAAACACAGGGGUCUGCUCACUUCAGAUCAAGUCCUUUUCAAUGGCGGCUCCACUGACUCGCUCGUUGUAGCCUACGGCUACAGUCUCAAAGCUUUUUACCGCGACUUUGUAAGAGCUAUGAUUAAGAUGGGUGAUAUCAGCCCCCUCACCGGAUCCAAUGGUCAGAUCCGCAACAACUGUCGCAGGCCCAAUUGAAUCUCUUGGUAUAUGAAGCCCAUUGGGCUCAGUCAUACAACCACCUAUCGUUCGUCAACUGUAUUUUAUGUUUUUUUUUUGU